GUCUAUCCUGACGUCUAAUGUUUCUCUGUUCUCUUUUUUUUUUAGACUCAGCUACCACCCACACACAACAUGUGACCCGAGCCUCUCCUCUAGCAGUGAUGCCUGCCUUCAGCCCCCCUGCACCUCUGCUGUGUGUCCUGCUGUGUGUGUCAGUGGCUCUGCAGCGCUCUGACCUCCGCCUGGCCUAUGUGACCCACAACAGCUUUUUCUACUACUCCUGCAGCCAGAAUCCACAACCCUGCAGCAUUGCAUCACUAACAGACUGCAGAUGCAAAGACAUCCAGCUUGCCAUGUUGCACCGUCCCCAGUCACACUCGUCUCCUGUUUUCCGGAUGAGGCGUUUAACUGUUUGGUACACAUCGCCUUCAAACACUGCACGUCUGCUCAACAACUCUGAGGUGAGACAUCUUACCCUGGUCCACUGUGGUCCUGGGGGGUCCAGAGAGACAGCAUCACAUGGAUCAGUUCCCCAGGAGGGGCAUUUUGCUGUGCAACACCUGGAGAGGCUGACAGUGGUGAACCUGCCACAGAGGCUGACUCCAGAUGCAAAUUGGGCCAAAAACACAGACUCAAAUACUGACCCACAGAGAGAUUAUGGUCCUCAUUUAGACACAAACAGAUACAAUAGAGACAGAGAAACAAACCUGGACCUGAUUGCAGACACAUACAGAAAUUCAGAAGCCCCAUCCUUAGAUUGGUCCUCACCCCAGAUCCAAGACAUCUUCCUGGGCAGGGAGCUCGGAGCAGCGUAUCACGAACAGGCAAGACUAGGAAUCAUCCACAACUCUGUAUUGGAGUGGGAAGCAUCUCUCAAAGUCUACACAGUCCAAACACAUAUAGACAGUGAUGGAGUCCUGCCCUUUCCUGACCUCCACCUGCCCAAGUUACCAGAGACAUCCGUCAUAUAUGUCAGCUUUGUGUAUUGACAAAAAUUGUUUUUUUUUGUGCUGUA